AAGGCACCACAAGGUAAACGUCAGGAAUGUUUGGUUGUUGGAGUCUGUGGACGGCUAUGGACGGGAGAGAGUUUCUCCUCGUGAAUGGAUUUAUCGACCUGCGUUCACUGUAAAUCACGUCCUGUUUGUUCGCUCGGUUUUGCACAGCUAUCCUUACGGAAGCUAACAGUUCAUGUUUUGACAGCUCAGCUUGUGUGUCUGCUAGCUAGCUGCCUACCUAACACCAACUACUCACCGUUAGCUAACAUUGACAGCACUAGCUGGGGGAGACUACUCACCUUUCUGAACUAAGGACUCGAAAAAGACAGUUUCUUCGUGGCAGCUGGCUUAACGUACGCCUACGUAUGUCAAAGUCAUGCAUGCAGCCAGCCUUCUAGUCUGCGCUUUGUUCAUCCCCAGACCUUGAGAUAAUGUUCUACCCAUAGGUGGAGGGUUUUCCUCCCUCUAUUCUACAUUUCUCCCUACUGCCCCCAUCAGUCCCAGAGUUCCCUAUGUUAACCCUCUUGAGCAUGUUUUACUAUAUCUGUCUGCGGCGGCGCUCCAGGAGUGGAACUCGAGGCGAGGCUCUGACCAGUCGGCGGGCUGUGGAAUCUGGCCAGAGGGCAGUAUUGCCAGUCAGUGUGGAGGUGGAGCAGUAUGCCAAAGAGGUUUUGGACUUCAGCUCCCACUAUGGCAGUGAGAAUAGCAUGUCUUACACCAUGUGGAACCUGGCAGGGGUGCCUAACGUGUACCCCAGCUCAGGGGACUUCACCCAGACAGCUGUAUUCAGAACUUAUGGGACAUGGUGGGAACAGUGUGCCAGUGCCCCGCCACCUUUUCGUCGGACCCCUAAAGGCUUCUACAGCCAGGAUUAUAUUGAGCUGGGCUUUGAGGAGCCCGUCUACCCCACUGCAGUGGAGGUGUUUGAGACCUAUUACCCUGGAGCCAUUGUCCAGAUCCUGGCCUGCUCUCACAAUCCUUUCACCCAGAACCCGCCCACUGAUGUCAGGUGGGAGGUGUUAUGGUCUGGCAAGCCCACCAAGGUGCUGACUCCCCAGGCUCGCCAGUUUUCCCCUAAAAUCAAGCAUAUCAGCUUCCCCACCAACCUGUUGCGUCUAGAGGUCAACAGCUCUCUGCUGGACUAUUACACUGAACUGGAUGCUGUGAUCCUGCGUGGGGUAAAGGAAAGGCCCAUGCUGGCUCUCUAUAAGAUGCCCAUCAUCGACAUCAGCGACCUGAGCGACAGCGAGGAGGAGCUGUCUGACGUGGGAGGUCCUUUCAGGCAAGGUGGAGACAGCAAACACCAGAGGACAGGAAAUGGCUACUUUGACAAACUGCCAUAUGAGCUCAUCCAGCUGAUACUGAGCCACCUGACCCUGCCAGACCUCUGCCGUCUGGCCCAGAGCUGUAAGCUGCUGCACCAGCACUGCUGUGACCCGCUACAGUACACCCAGCUGAGUCUGCAGCCUUACUGGGCCCGGCUGAGUGACGCCUCCCUGGGACACCUGCAGAGCCGCUGCACCCUCCUCCAGAGGCUCAACCUGUCCUGGACCGGCAACCGUGGAGCCCUUACCCUGACGGGCUUCAGCAGCUUCAUGAAGGCAUGUGGUCUAAGCUUGGUCUGCUUGGAAAUGUCAUGUUGCCACUUCCUGAAUGAAGCCUGUCUAGAGGUCAUCUCCCAGACUUGUCCUGGACUCCAGGAGCUCAAUCUGUCCUCCUGUGAUCGCCUCCACCCACAGGCCUUCACACACAUCUCCAAGCUUACACGCCUCCGCAGGCUGGUGCUCUACCGAACAAAGAUAGAGCAAACAGCCAUCUUGAGCAUCUUGACUUUCUGCAUAGAGCUGAGACACCUCAACCUAGGGAGCUGUGUGAGGAUUGAGGACUAUGACGUUGUAGCCAGUAUGCUGGCCGCUCGCUGUCGCUCUCUGUGCUCUCUGGACCUGUGGCGCUGCAGAAACUUGACCGAUCGAGGCCUGACUGAGCUCGUUUCAGGGUGCAGGAUGUUGGAGGAACUGGACCUGGGCUGGUGUCCCACACUGCAGAGCAGCACAGGAUGUUUCCAGCACCUCGCCCGCAGCCUGCCACGGCUGCGCAAGCUCUUCCUCACUGCCAACCGCACCGUCUGCGACUCUGACAUAGAGGAGCUGGCAGCCAGCUGCCCCUCGCUCCAGCAUCUCGACAUACUAGGUACACGGUUAGUGAGUGCUGCCUCGCUGAAGAAACUCCUCCAGUCGUGUCCUCAGCUUGUCCUCCUGGACGUCUCCUUCUGCUCACAGAUAGACAUGCGGGUCGUCCAGGAGCUCUCCGGCCUCGUUCCCAAUGUGGCCAUCAAGAAAAGCUUCACUCAGUGACUCCAGCAUCGGCUCAUUUCCCACUACUGAGAUGCAGCAAGUGCAGGGAGGUGCUGGUCAGCACAUACUGCCCCAGAGUGAUUCAGAGGCAGGUCAGAUGCAGGAGGAGAUUGCAGACCUGCCUUUGCCUCCAUCACUGACAAGAUCUACUUUUAGCGGUCAGCAAAUAAAGCAGUGGGACUGGGUGAGGAGGAUUUUACUGACUUUACUGAUUUAAUGACUGAACACAAACAACUACAGACUCCUAGGCACAGGAUUAUAGAACAGGAGACACUUUUUUCUUGUUGAAAUCAGGGUCGUUGCAGUAAAGCUGCUAGAUUUUCCCAGAAUAUUAAUCAGCACUUACAGUAUGUAUUGCCAAAUAAGACACGGCAAGGAAAUAUGCCUUGGUACUAGAUAAAACACAUUUGUGAAAAAAGCUCUCUUAAGCAUCUUCCUAAGAAAGCAAAAAGAACAUCAAACGUGUUCAUACCUUUAUUGGGAGUCACAUACUUGUGAUAGCUAAAGAUCAGGGCCUUGGUCAGUGCCUUGUCUGAACGUGGAAUAUGAACAGGCUGGUUUAAUUCUACAUGAAGGUCUUUCUGGUGGCACCUGUCACCAUUCAGUCGGUUUCCGUUAAUCAUAAGAAAUCAUACUUGAUGGUGUUAUGUUCGAAGGAGCUUGAAAUCACCUGCACUAGGUGCAGUGCACUGUGGUUAGUGUUAUUUUUGUAAAACUUUAAUGAAAGGAUCACAAGUUAAUUUGUGUUGCUACAGACUACGCUCACACCGUUAACUGUCUGUGCACCAGAGAUUGAGUGAUGGCAUGUUUCCAUCAAUGAAAGCAACAACAGCAACAAAAAAGAAUGUGUUUUCAUUUACACAUGCUCUAAAAUUGCAAGAGUAGAGAACACACCUAAAGGCAUCCAAUCAAAAAAUACACAGUGACUCAUUUGGAAAAAAAAAAAGCACAGAGAAGUAACACAAUAUAACUAAGUGGAACCCAAAGAUGCUAUUUAUAAUCAAAUGUAAAACAAACAUUUUCCUCUCCAAUUGUAAAUUAUGCACAUUUGGUGCGACAGUUUUAGCUUUUUCACUGGGAUUAUAUGGAGUAGUUUCUGACUGCAUUAUUUGGGCACAUAUCAGGCACUUCAGAUGAAUGUAAUAAUUCUAUAUUAAGUCCAUGGCAAUGGCAGGUAAGAGCUGCAGGGGUAACUAUUAAUUAAAUUUGUUCUCAUCUGAUGUAACUUGCCUGCUCCAAGUCUGUUCAAAUCUGCUCUAUAAUUGAAACAGUUAAAUGUGUUUGGCUGAAUAAAGCAUAUCAGACAUUUUACUGGCCAAAAAAAUUCAGAUUCUUAUUUUAGUCAGGCUAGUGUUAAUGGUAAUUGAGAUACUUCAUAAUUGCUUGCUUAGGUCUCACAGGUCAUUCAUUUUGUCUACAGUUGUCUUGGACAUUUCAGUGUAACUGAAUUGGUGUAUUGAGUCCUUUUAGGCUGAACUUUUGUUUCCAAAGCUAAAAUCCUCAAGUUUAAAAGUUGCUGGCUCCUCCGCCAAGGUGAGAGCGCACAGGCAGGGGAAUGUUUUCAGUGCUGUUUGUCUGUCAGCAAGUUUACACAAACUUGAGUUUCAUCAGACUUGGAGAGAUGGGCCCAGGCGUAGGAAGAACCCAUUAAAAUUUGUUGCAAAUGCAGAACACUUUAAAAGUGCAAGAUAGGCCAUCUACAGUGUCAUGAUGUUAGUGCUGUAAACACUAUUUGACCUCAGUAUUUGUCCUCAAACCUCAGGGGUUAUGUAUAAUCUCAUUAUCAUUAAAUGUCUUUUUUUUUAAAGUAAGUUUUACUCCAGAAACCAGCACAAAGGAUGUCUUUACAGAAAAUAACACCAGACCGAGUUAGCUUUAAGGUUACCGGGCUUUGGUGUUGAUAACAACAAACACAUAUGACACAAAUGAUCAGUUAGCACUGGUGUAAGGGAGGCAAAAAUCGGAGCUUAUUGAGUGCUGAAUGUUGCAGUAAUUGUUUGAUUCUGAAAAAUGUAAUAUUGCUGAUUAUUUAAUUUUUGUAAUAUAAGAAGCCAGGGUUGCAGUGUGAGAGAAGUGCUUGAAGAGCUUUUUAUUUUUGAAAAAACUUGAACUUUUUGUUGGAGCACAUGCUACUAGUCAAUAUUUGUGCCUUAUACCCCAGUUUGAAUGUUGUGUGAUGUCCAAGUGGUAUAGAUUGUGGUGAAGUGCUUUGCUUUUAUGCCCCUUCAACCAAAGUAAUAACAUAAUAACCUGGUCAUCAGUCUCUCAACUACAUUUGACCAAUUUAUAUGCCAUAUACUUUAUAUCAGCCAUGUUAAUUAUUGCAAAGAAAAAUGUAUAAUAAUUAUAUUUCCCUGUGCAAGGAAAGUGUUUGUGGAAAUUUGUAGUCAUUAUUGGUAGGUGUUUAAAUGGUAAUAUACUGUUUGGGAAACAUUAUUUCCUCUGUUCAAUUAUUUGGUUUUUUUUGGGGGGGGGGGGGUAUUUAUCCUAGUUUAGCACUAAGACUGAAAGUAGUUCCUUAACCUAGCUUAGCAUGAAGUUGAAUUUUUUUUUUUUUAGCCUGGCUCAGCAUAAAGACUGAAAAUAUGUCAUUAGCCUGACUUAGCACUAAGAGUGAAUGCACACUGCUGGCUUAUUUUAGCAUAAAGAAUGGAAAUGUUAUGUGUAGCCUAGUUUAUUGUAAAGCUUGAAAUAAUAGAUCUUUAGCCUAACCUAGCAUGAAGAGUGGAAGUGUGUCUUUAGCUUAGCUCACAGCAAAGAUUGGAAUUGAGAGGGUUCCUCGUGAGAGUAUCCUACAGUAUCUACUGUAUAUCUACUUUGUGGUUGUGAAGGUGAGAGUAUUUGUUUCCACUCUCAAUAGUGCAAAGCUACUGACUGAAAUUCACAUUUUCAUUUGCUAGGCGGUUUGUGUCAGGGAAUGCAAAUAUUCCUCUGUAAACCGGUGGUUGCAAGGGGGUCACUGACCAGUCGCUAGGUCUGAUUAAGCCUGAGUCUGGUAGACCUGCGCUUAAAUCAUGUCUUCAGUAAUCUUUAAGUAAAUAUUGAGCAUUAAGAAAUAAAUAUGGCAGUGACCUUCACGUUCUACAGGUAUAGUCAGUAUUACAGUUGGUAAUUCAUUACUUUUCAGCGGUUCUAAAAUCCUGAUGUCCUGCAGUUUUCCUGCUUCCAGUCUCUCUGCUGAGCUAGGCUAAAACCGGAGCAGUCCUGGUUGCCCAGAAGCCAAACAGAUACCAAUCUUGCAGUCUUAUUUCAGGUGUGGAUAUGGUUAAACUGUUGCACAUAAUGGUAUGCUGAAAUUAAUAUUUGUUUUUUUUUUCAGCCUUGAGUUUUGUUUUAAACAGGUGUGGUAACAGUAUGACACACCAGCCCUUCCACUACGGUGAUGCAAAUGUUGCUUCAAUUGCAGCUGAAGCACUCAUGUAGCCAAGAAGUGUAUACAUUACAUUUUCCUGGCCCACCCAAAUCCAUUUUGAGUUCAUAAUUUUGAGUACAUUUCAAGGUAAUGCUGUCAGUAAUGACUACUGCACUGCAAUGAAAACACUGGCAAUGUUAUACUUUGUAAAGCAGCUAUCUGCAACAGCAUUAAUUUGCUAAGCCAAACUAUUUAAAAAUGAACAGAUGAUCGCUGUUUGACCAUUGAAGCAGUUUGGUGUAUUUUCUGAGGUGGGCCUGCUUUUCUCUAAUGAGUAUGCAUUCUCUCUUCUCCCACACUGGGUAUGUGAUCAACCUUUGUGCCAUGAACUGGGAGGACCUGCAGCAGCGCUCCCUCUGCUGCAGCGUGAAAGCCACUGUUGUGUAAAAGGAUUGUGCCUCUGUCAUGAUGAAAUGCGGUGCUUCACUUUCACCAGGUUUUAAAUAAACUGAAGGCUGAUGACUGAA